CCAUCCAUUUGUUGACGAGGCAGCUUCAUUGGAGGGAAUUGAGGGCACUCGUUCUAUAAACAAUUUGAAACAGUGUUGCUGAUACCUCAGAGAUGAGGAGUGUUCUACAGUAGGAGGACUCCCUACGGAGGAUCAAGUAAACAACAUUAGUCCCCCAGCAUCUCGCUGAAAUACAUAGUUGUCACUUAAUUAUGUGGAGCUGCCAAAGUGCGCAAAACGAUUGGAGCGGUGAAUGCUAGUCCAUCCCACCGGUAAUUAAUGGGAAAUCAACAGGGGAGUUUUACUGUGUAUGGAGUCGGAGUCUCGCCCAGAUCGCACCGUGUCCUCUUCACAAUUCCCCCCUCUCCUUUUCUCAUUCCUCUCCUUAAAACCAGCAGACGCCCCUUCCAGACCUCGAGCCUCAAUCUCAUCUUCCUCCCAUCUGCUGUCUCCUGAUCCUUUCUUUCUACCUCCGCAGCAAUCCGUCGAUCCGACCCCCGAUUGUGCUAGCUUCCCCGAUGCUCCUUCGGUGACGCGCCGGUUCUUUUGCCGCAACGUGUUGCCUAGACUCAAGGCGCAACCUCAACCGCUCCCUUCAAGCACUGACAAUCGACUCAAUCUCGUUGGAUCCGAUUUUAUAAUUUGCGGAACACAUCCGGUGCUGCUGUGUUCUCGGCCUACAAGGAUAGCUGCAGCUGCACUACUGUCGCGUCGGACUUCCGUGUGGCAAUCUGGCCUUUCAGCGCAAUUAUCCGCAUCCGCCUUUAACCCCUUUGUCCCCCAACAACUCCUGCUCGCGUAACCUUCGGCAACCCGAUGCCUAGAGACUGACUCGAAAACUCGCGAGAGAUCGCUUCUACCGCUCCUACCUCAGCAAACCUCGCUGAGUCUCGUGCCUCCUCCCUCUACUUGUUUCCGCAACGCUGCUGCCGCACAUUUGUGUCCCCCCCGGUAGCAAAACACACCCCAACCGGAUUUAACCUAUCUCCAUCGCCCAAUUGUCACGACUCUCUUACGCUGAAUCUAGUUCAAUUGAGAAUUGAUUAACGAUGAUGAACCCAUAUAUCAGCUGGGCCAUUGUGCUCGUUGUCGCUGGUAGCCUAGGAUAUUACUACAAGGAAUCGAAUGUCAAACCUAAGAGCUCUGUAAAGCCCAUCAUAGAGAAGACAGAGCCCGCGGCCCCGGUGAAAAAA